UGUCCCAUCAAUGAAAAUAUAAGUAUGGGAGAUAUUCGGAAUGUGCGGUGAGGUUGGUGUGAGGCGCUUUAUGCGGAGCAAAUCGGAUACAAUCCAAAACCCCUGCUAAAACCCUUCCAGUCCAGUAACUUCCCCGUUGCUCCUUCAUCAGAGACAAGACAGAGAAACCCAAAACAAGUGAAGAUGAGUUCUUACAACAACUACAGCAGCUUCGACAGUCUCCUCCUCCAAAGCAUGAUGGGUAGAUUGCAACUCCGAUCUCCUUAUCUCCAUACGAACUCUUACCUCUCCCAAAGCUUGGAAGAUUUAUUACUCGAUAACAGCUCCAUUGACGACAACUUCGACGACGAAGACAAAUCCCUGAUGGCCAAGGAGGAAGCAAAGCUCGAGAAGGAGAUCAUCCGCACAAUCCUUAGCGCCAAGACCGAAACCCUAAAACCCAAUUCAGGACAAGCCGUCACGAUUGGUGAUCACCACAUCUGUGUUGGUUUCCAUGAAGAGACGGGCUCAGAUUAUCGUGUUUGGGAGUGGCACGGCCAUAUCACGUUGUUCGAUGAGGAGAAUGGCUAUACGCCCGAGUAUAUUUAUGGUAAUUACUUUGAGAGGUUGCCCUUGAAGCCAACUCCAGACGAAAACACGGAUGGAGAGAAGGAGGAGGGAGAUGAAGAAGAGGGGCGGAAAGCUGAGAAUUUGGGGCUGAGAGAGUUGAUCGAUAGUGGAGAUUCGAUCACUGGCCGGAUUCUUCGUCGGAAUUUGUAUGCGGGUUCUCCGAGAUUUUAGUUGGGGAGACUCGUAAUGCGUUGGACUGCCAAGAAGACCAGGGUCCGAUCUCUGAAGAGGAGACUGUAUUUGUUUAUAUUUUAUGGUCUUUGUUAUACUUUGUUUUUAGCAAAGGUUUUUAAAACCGGACCGGACAUGAACCGUUCUGGGUCUUGUUCCCAGGUCAAACGGUCUGACCAUCUGGUCCGAAUGGAUGAGCCGCUGUGACAAAAAAAAUAAAAAAUUUAAAAAUUUAAAAAACCCCCAAAACAGCCAAACAUCAUUCUCGGGUCAAACGGCUUGAUGGUUUGACCGCCCGGAUCAGCAGUUUACUAACCAAAUCAAUAGUUUUUGGUCAAAAAGUAAUUUUGGGGAAAAUGGGAAACAGUCAGGUGAUUGUUUCCGGUUUUCCGGUCCGGUCCGGUUUUGAAACCAUGGUUUUUAGAUGUCUCUCUCUGUCAUAGCUCUAGAGGUCUCUCAAGAGUAUAAAUUUAAAUGAGUUGUCGCAAGUGCAGAGCUAUAUGAGUGUGUUGUGGCUGUCUUUCAUUCAGAAGGGGGAAAAUCAUAAAAAUAUUAAAGUAAGAAGAGAACUAAAGGUAUUGAUCUUGGCAGCGGUGCUCUGGUAUGUUUCAAAUGCAUGUUUAUCUUAAAAAUCUAAGGUGACAGUGACAGUCAUUUGGUGGUUCAAUUGAAAAUUGAAAUACAAUGAGCAGCAGGGUGUUUCAAAUC